GAAGCAACAUUGAUGAAAUUUUCCAGUUCAGGGGUCAAUUCAUUGUGAAAAGGUCUGAGGGAAUUCAGCAGAGAUUACAGUUCCUUUAAGAUGACACGGACAGACCCACCGGACAUACUGGUAUCAACCGUGUAUCGAGAGAUUCAAGUUAGCCCGAUGCCAGGCGAGCCCAAAGCCUAUCAAACCCAGCGCAAGUGUGAUGCCUCCAGGCCCAGCCCUGUACAGGACACCAAGCAGUACAUUAACAAACGACAGUGUAGAAGUUUUGACUUCCUGCAGUCACUAGACAGUCAGGCGGAUUCCGGAGCUCCCAUGGAGGACUACUCAUAUCACCGGGCUGAUCGACGGCCCACCAGCCCUGAGCUCGCCUGGGAUUCUCUAGGGAGGCAGGUCUACCUCCGAUCCUCAGCCCCUGAGCUAGUUGCCAGCCGAUUGUGCGCUCACACUGGUGAACCCAGAGAGGCCUCCAGACCAGAGACAAAGAAGAGAGGGAGAUCUAAGAGUGCCCCCAGGGUGAAGACUACCUACCGCCCUGUCCCUGUGGAGGUGGGCUCACCUGAGCUGUCGCGCAGGGGUCGUGAAGCCCUGCGUACACACCGGGACUCCCACAAGAGGACAGAGGCCUCACCCAGGAGGGAUCCAUCUCAUAUAAUGAGGACUAGAAUGAACGAGGUGCAUCCCAUCAAACUGCAGCCACAGCGGGCUGAUGCCAGUCUGUACUCCCCUCUGUUUGUCAGUGAUAGCUACGAAAACUAUGACGAGUGUCAAGGCACCAAGCCUGGCCCAGGAGCACACGUGCGGUACCGAGUGGAUAUGAAGCCCGAGGACCCAGCAUUGAACCCUUCCUCUCGCACCUGGAAGACACCACAGAAGCAGAGCAGUGUGACAAACUGGCAGUCACAGCCAGGACGGAGUCUAACUGUACCUGCCAACCGGCGGGUCAUGAGAAGCCAAUCUCCCUGUGAGUCGUACGGCGGUGAUUACUGGACACUUGCAGCUCACAACAACUGCUCACCCCACCAAUACUACAAGGAUGAGAGUAGGAGGGGCCUUCCUCAGCUCAUCCAGACAACACCAACCUUCAGUGAACAGUCUUACCCCGACAUCAGGAGACUCUCCCGCCAAGCUGCCCAGCCUAAUAUCUACUACACAGAGGAACGGGCAAGGCCUUCACAGCACCGAUACACUUCGCCAAUGCAUUACCAUGACUGGUGGGGGACCUAUCGAGCUGCACACGGUCACCAGGGUUACAUAUCUCAAUGCCCGCCAUACUGGGAUGGCAGAGUUGGGUCCCUCUCUCCUCAUGGCUCCUAUUACGGGAUUGACCAGCAUAGACUUGGCUCAGACUCACGGCACUACUCCAAGUCCUGGGAUAACAUCCUGUCGCCUAGUGGACGCAGGGAGUUCCCCUCCUCAAAUUGCCGCAGCUAUGAGACCCUGUCCUUGCAGGAGAGACAUGGCCACUCCACAGAAGGGAGGCGCCAGCCCACCGUGGUCAACUUAUCACGCUCUCCCCAGCGUUAUGCUGCCCUUUCUCUGUCUGAGAGCUCCAUCACAGACAAGUUGCAGGGGGACGGAGGGAGGGGCACCCAGGGAAGGUCAUGGUACAUCACACCUGAAAUCACCAUCACCGACAAUGAUCUCAGGGCCAAUGGGCCUGGCAAAGCUGGCGGGAAACCUCGGAAUAGGCAGGCUCUCGAUGGGGGAAAUGGCCUCAGUGCCUCCUUCAAUGAUUUGCUGUCUUGCAAUUUGGAUAAUGUCAAGGAGACAGGUGUCAGCUCUCUUAGCGGCGGCUCUCUGCACCGGCCAGGUAAGCAGCAGCUGGACGAUGUCCUGGCCGAUCUGGUCAUUGACACAUGCAAAACACCAGCCACUCAGAAACCCAGCAACUCGGAAACUCUAGUGGACCAGCUGAAGAAGCUUAUUGCUGGGGAGGACCUUCCUGGAGAACAUGGCGUGAGGACUGUGUUGGUACAUACCACAGAGCCUCAGAGGAUGAAGGUCCACCCCAUGUCCACUGGGCCAGGCCCUGACGCUCACUUCCUGGGCAUGUCAAGAAGCCCCAGCUACCCAAGUCCGUGCGAUGGGCCCCAUCAAGAUCGCAGCUCGGAUGAUGUGGACACCAUGAUGUGCUCAAACCUGAAGUGUGGCCUCACAGAAACACUCUUCAAUGCUCGUCUCUACUUCAAAUCGUGUCACAGCUGUUACACCUAUUACUGUUCCAGGAACUGCAGGAAGGAUGACUGGGAGAUGCACAAAGAAGCCUGUGUCUAUGGCCGGGUCAGCAGCACUUGUAAGCGUGUGCUGAGGAGCUGCCGGGAAAACCAGGCUGCACACAAGGCCUUCUCCCGCAUCGCCAGGAUGGGCUACUUAUCGAGGGGGAAGGGGGUUCUGUUCCAGGGUUUCCCUAAUCCCGGAUCUGCCGAGAAUUUCCUCCAGUAUGGAUUAGAGAGUCUGCUCCUCACUCCCACCUACCUGUCAGUCAGAGAGCUGGAAGGCUAUGCUGAUCACCUGGGGGAGUACCUGAAGGAGAUCCAAGAGGCUGGCAAGCAGUACGACCCCGAGGAAUGUUUCCUCUUGAAUGUGUCAAUAGCUCUGGGGCAGAAAGUGCCUGAGAACCCUUCACCCCGCCUCCAGACACCAACAGUUCGAAGGUUUGCAAAGAUUGCCCUGGCUUCGACCAGCCCCGAGAAGAAGAUCUUUAAGGGCGAUGAAGAGAUGGAGACCUUGAUAUUGACCCCACCUCCAGGGACAACUGACAUCGCUAAAGAGGAUGAGUCAGGACGCAAAGCCCGCGAGGUGUGCUUCAUCAAUGUACAGCGAGAGCUUCGCAUCCGAGGGGUCUUCCUGCGCCAUGAGUAUCCCAAAAUCUACCAAGAUCUCUGCGAGUUCGUGGAGAGCAAUAAGAGAUUUACACCGACUACCAUUUACCCCAUUGAUAAGAGAACUGGCAAGCAGUUCAUGUGUAUGAUAAUGGCUGCCUCGGAACCAUUGACACUCGAGUGGGUUCGCAAACCCAACCUAUUGGAAGACAUGAUGUGAUCCCACGCACCAUUUCCUGUUCUUGCAACUGAAUGUUUUAAAGCUUAUUUAAUAUAUUUGUAGAUAAUGUAUUUUAUAUAAGGAUGUGAGGAAUCUAUUGAAGUCUGUUGCUGGGUGGGUAUUAUUUGAAAUGGAGGAGUCCAUCUCCUGUGUGCAGUUUUACACAUUGACCCCCACAACCCCCACCAAACCCCAACUGGGCCUAGCCAUUGGAGGGUUGGCAGGAAGCCUGCACUGCUACCAUAGCAACAGGGAUAGCAGAAGAAGCAUAGGGAAACUACCAAUAUUUUUACAAUAAAGAUGUUUUCUUGAAGCAGUUCAAAAUUAUAAUCUAGGUGGAAAAGCUUUAAAAUAGCUAUGUUUAUUUUUCAGAAUCAUUGGGCAAGUGUGAGUUUUAGCUCAAUCAGAGUGCCACCCACUCUAAGACUGUGGGGGAGCUGACACUUUGUUUCAUUCUGAUUUCUAAUGAUUUUUCGAAUACAAAUGAGUUUCUAUUUCUGGGGAAGGGGAGGGGAGCAGGCAAAGGUUUAGUUAAACGCAAGACAGAUGGAUAAAAGCAAAAUACUGC